AUGAAUAACACAAGUAAUACUUCUACACAAAAUGAAAAUAAAAAUGAAUCAAUUAUUGAUAAAAAAGAUUCAAUGAAAUGUAUUGAAUGUGGAUGUGAUAUUGAUAAUACUUAUGAAAUAUUUUGUGGUCAAUUUAUAAGACUUUUAAGAUGUCCAAAAUGUGGUAAAGUAGCUGAUAAAUAUAUAGAAUAUGAUAAUGUAUUAGUAUUUCUUGAUAUGCUUUUACAAAAGAGACCAGUAUAUAGACAUUUAUUAUUUAAUCAUGAUGAAUCAAUAAAUGGGUUUUUUAUAAAAAUAUUUUUUUGGUUCAUUAUUAUUAGAAUCAUAUAUUCGUCAAAUGACAACAUUAACACCAUCAAUUUAUUCAUUUAUUUGGAAUGGAAUUCAGAUAGUAAUAGAAGAUAUAUUUUUUUUUGA